CAUUUGCAUUUACAGACACUCCUUCUAUCCCAGCUGAACACAAACUGCGAGAGCACUGGCUGGCAGUUGCAGUUGCAAUUCAGUGCCUUCACUUUGCGUGGACAAGGGAGGAGGGGAGUGUAAGUCACCAGCUCCCGUUUGCUGCAGAUAUCUGGGCUGCCGGUGGAAUUAUAACCCCAGGGAAGGUGGGGAGGCGAGAGAGAGACAAGAGGAAAACAAAAAGAACAAUCGUCUGCAGAGCGAAGUUUUUUAUUUGGAAGUUGAUUGGCAACUACUUGCCCGGGGUUCCGCCUGCGAUGAGACUCACUGUUCGCUCCUCUUGGGUGUGAUGAUCAGUGGGAACGGAGAUGCCUUAUGUGGAUCGGUACAGUCGUGUCUGUGGGUUCCUGGACAUCGAGGAGGUCGAGGGCAGCGGGAAGUUCCUGCGGCGAUACUUCAUCUUGGACACGUCGGACAACGCGCUCCUGUGGUACAUGGACAACCCCCAGAACUUGCCACCUGGAACUCAGUACGUCGGCAGCCUACAGCUACCAUACAUCUCCAAGAUCAGUGAAGCUACAGCAAAACAGAAACCAAAAGUUGAAUUUUGCUUUGUCAUAAAUGCAGGCUUGCGUCGGUACUUCCUCCUGGCUAAUGACAAGAAGGAUCUCCUUGACUGGGUCGAAGCCUUGAACAAGUCCUGCAAGAUUACAGUGCCAAAAGGCAAAUCAAGUGACCCGCAGCCCAGCGCUGAGAUCACCAGCACUCCAGCGGAGGCCCAGACAGGACGCAAACAGAUCCCGUACAAGACCGAAAUCAUCGGCGGGGUCGUGGUGCAGACGCCCAUCGCUCAGGUGAACGGAGGAGAAGGUCAGGAGGGCACCGAGCCGCCCACGCACAGCGUCCUGAAACGUUCCGUUAGCGGCAUUCCCGUGUCGGGGAACAAGCCGGCGUGGGGGCCACAGGUGUACAAGAGCGGCUACUGCGUGAAGCAGGGCAUUGUGAGAAAAAGUUGGAAGAGGAGAUACUUCAUACUCGACGAGAACUCGUUCAGUUACUUCAAAUGUGAAACGGAAAAAGAACCUUUACGAGCCAUCCCACUAAAGGACAUUCAGAGAGCUCAGGACUGUAGCUGCAGCCAAGCCCUGAUGAGGGAUAAUUUAUUUGAAAUGGUGACAGCGACUAGAACAUUCUACGUUCAGGCCGACAGUCCUGCGGAGAUGGACAGCUGGAUAAAGGCAGUCAACCAGGCGAUUAAGCUACAGAAGGUUCCAAGCAAUGCCACAGUGGUCCCGGCUCCAGGACCCUUCACCGGCAGGACCGUCCCGGCGAUGGCGGCCGACCCAGCCGCCCCCCCGGCCCCGGCUUCUGCCGACGAGAAGCGGCCCCUGGCCAAGUCGUCCUCCGCGGUGCCCUCGUGGCAGCCCUGGACCCCGGUGCCAACCACCACCACCACCAAGCCGCCCGGCACCAGCACACCGGAGGGGGAAGCCGGAGGGCACCUCGACCACCCGCAGUCCCCCACCACGCCGCCGGCCCGCGUGAACGGGCAAGACCAGCGCCGCAGGCAUCGCUCCCAGCCCGCGCCGCACAAAGAACACCACUUCGAUUACAAGCUGGACGAUGACGGGAUUCGAACCACCGACGUCUAGCCAAUAUCCUCCUGCGGUUCGCCAUCCUUAGCUUUCACCGCCCAGGCAUGGGGUGCCUCUUGUACAUAGCUUAGCCCGGCUGGCAUCGCUGUGCCCGCUGGUGUUUGGAUGAACUGUGACAGUGCGUUGGAGAGAACAGCUGAGAGAAGGCUGGACAACGAGCCUCUGUAUUGGACUUCAUAUUCUCACAGCGGCUUGAGUUAUUGCACAGACCUGUUUACUUGUGUUUACCA